GAAGAACUUUAAUGCUCAUGAUGACCUUUCCAUGGACUAAAAAUGCACCGAGAUGUAUACGAUAAACGCGUGGCAGACUUUUGUUUUCUGGGGUAGGGGAGCUGAUUUCAAUCUAAACCAUGGCCUUUCCCUUCACUGUUAACAUCCUCCCCUAACUAGACUAGACACAGCAGGCAGUCGCAGUGGAAGUUCUGUAGGGUAAUUCUGCCCCUUAUGUCUCAUCAUGGAAGGAUUAUGAUUAUUUUUGGAUGGAAAAGCUGACAUAAUUUCGGUUCCACAAUGAACAGGGUUUAUAUAUAUUUAUCGGACGCAGUGCUAAGAGUCGAUCACUGCAAAGGGAGAAGAAGAAGAACAUCAUCAUCAUCAACAUUAUCUUUUCACUGACAGCAUGAUGAAGACUCUCUGCUUCACUCUGGGGCUGCUGCUGCUCACCGCCUGCUGCUGCAACGCCAUGCCUGAAGCUCUGAAGUUCAACACAGCACCUGGAAACUGCUGCUUCAAAUUUCACACACGCGAAAUACCAUUACAGCGUGUGUCCAACAUAACCAAGACCCACAGCGCCUGUCAGAACCAGGCAUUCAUAGUCCAGACUAUCAAAGGAAGACAGAUCUGCUACAGCGGGACAUCCCAAUGGGCUCUGGAUGUCUACAAUCAGCGCCACAACACAGAGGGCAGCAGUCAGCAACACUAAAGAUGUAUCAUUGUAUAAUACUGUGAUAAUUCGAUGCCUGAUUUUGCAGACCUAAAUGUGUAAAGACUUUCUAUUUUAAUAAAAAAUAUAAUUGAUGUAUUUA